AGGGUUAGGGUUCUUCGCGACAACGAUGGCGUUUAGCGGGAGCGCUAGCAAUUCCAGGCAGAGGCAGAGCUCCAAUCGGCUGCCACAGCGGGAGGAACACGUCCAGCUCCGGAUCGAUCCCGUCCACGGCGAUCUCGACGAUCACGUCCAGGAUCUCCACCAGCGAGUGGUCCUCUUGAAGAAUGUUGCGAAGGAAAUCGAGCAGGAAACGAAGUACCAAAAUGACCUUCUCAAUCAGCUGGAAGAAACGAUGGCCAAGGCUGGUGCUGGGCUCAAGAACAGCAUGAACAGACUAUCCAGAGCGAUGGCACAACAUAGCUCCAACCACGUCCUCCACGUCGUCAUGUUUGCUCUGGUUUGCUUCUUCUUUGUAUACCUCUGGUCUCGAUUUUCCAGAUAGUAACAACUGAUCUUCUUCUUUGCAAUCGAUCGAUCACAUCUUGCUUUGAGGUUAUAAAUCCAAAGACUUAUAGCUGCUCUA